AAACAUCAAGAAAGAACCAUAUGCGUGAUCCAAUAUCAUAUAACACUACUAUUUUCUUUACAAAUCUUAGUUAGCCCCUUCUCUUUCCAUGCUCUCUCUCUCUCUCUCUCUCUCUCUCAUGACAUAAGUUAUAUAACUAGUGGGGUGUUUUCAUAAUCAACCAUUCAUCUACAAAGCACAGGAGAGAGAGAGAAAUAGAAACAACAAUGGGAGGAAGAGCUAUAAUAGUGUCCAUAAUAAUGGGUUUGGCUAGUUUCAUCCCAAUUCAUGUCUAUGGUGAAAGUUCAUCGCCGGUGGGUCAGUUUUCAGGCAGUCACCACCACCGUGACCAAAUGCGAAAAUUGCAAUCUUUUAAGGCCUCAUUUCUCCGGCGAGAUUUGAUCUCUCUCCCUCCGAGCUCUGUGUCUCCAUCUCCGUCACCAUCGGUAGCACCAAGGCCACGAGUGUAUCACGUGACAUCUUAUGGAGGAGACCCAACUGGGAAAACAGACAGCAUAGAUGCAAUUCUGGGAGCAAUAUCAGAUGCAUUUCAAGGACCAAGUGACGGGUUCUUGAUGGCUGGAAUUGUUAAUCUUGGUGGUGCAGAGAUUAAUUUGGAGGGCGGCACCUACACGAUCAGCCGCCCCGUCCGGUUUCCGACCAGCGGCCGAGGUAACUUCAAGAUAUAUGGAGGAACGCUAAAAGCUUCAGACAAUUUUCCAAUUGAUGGGUAUCUAAUUGAUACAUCAGUUUCUUCUGCUAACAACGAGGAAUACAAUUACGAGUAUUUAACACUUAGAGACCUCAUGUUGGACUCCAAUUUUAGGGGAGGAGGUAUUCAAGUUAUUAACUCACUAAGGACUAGCAUUGAUAAUUGUUACAUUGCCCAUUUCACUACCAAUGGUAUCUUAGUCCAGGGUGGUCAUGAAACAUACAUUCGAAACUCAUUCUUAGGUCAACACAUCACUGCUGGAGGUGAUCCUGGUGAGAGGAACUUCUCAGGCACUGCAAUAAACUUAAUGGGUAACGACAAUGCUAUCACGGAUGUGGUUAUCUUUUCAGCUGUAAUAGGGAUAAUGGUAUCAGGUCAAGCCAAUAUACUUUCUGGAGUGCAUUGCUACAAUAAAGCAAAUGGAUUUGGCGGUACUGGAAUUUACCUUAAGUUGCCAGGUUUGACACAAACAAGGAUUGUGAAUUCUUACAUGGAUUAUACUGGCAUUGUCGCAGAAGACCCCGUGCAACUUCACAUCUCGAGUAGUUUUUUCCUUGGAGAUGCAUUUAUUCUUUUUAAAUCCAUAAAUGGUAUUAUGAAUGGUGUCAAUGUUGUUGAUAACAUGUUUAGUGGCUCUGGCAAUGGGAUUGGAAUUGUUCAGUUGGAUCAAACAAAUGGACCUUUCAAAAAUGUUGAUCAAAUUGUCAUUGAUCGAAAUAACGUGAAGGGGAUGAACAUUAAGGCAACAAUCGCAAGAAGAUCCCUACAAAGAACUGGGAGCACAUGGACCGUAGACUUUAAUCCAACUUUAUUAUUUCCUAACCUUAUAACGAGUGUCCAAUACACCUUAAGCACUACCGGAAGCUCGUUUCCUAAUCAUGCUUUGCGUAAUGUGUCAAAUAACUGUGUUGUAAUUGAAUCGGAUAUGACCAUUCCAGCAAGUUUGUUUGUUAUGGUGGAUCAGGGAGUUUCAAGCUAGAGCUAAUCUAGUUUUAGGGUUCAAAGAUAUCUUAAUGAGCAAAUGCAUAGUGUGGAAGAUUGAU